AUCUGGCAAAUUCGCCCUCAUAUACCUCCGCCUUCCUCUCUCUCUUCCCCCGUGCUGCUGCUGCUCGCCUGCUCCGCCCUCUUCGAUCCCCUCCUCAUCAGGCCUGCAGCGGCCAGGGAUGGACCGCGCCGCCGGCGCCCCCACCGUCGCAUCCGACCGCCUGGUUUUGCCUUCUCCCGCGCGCAGAUGCUUCUGCCCGUGAGAGUUGCAAGUAGCUGAGGUCCAUUCGAGGUGGAAGAGGAGCUCGGAGUUCAGGAACGGAUUCGCCCCUCCGGCUGCUUCUCCAUUUCAGCCAUGGAGGAGGUGGAGGUUGCCAACAGGGCCGCGGUGGAGAGCUGCCACCGGGUGCUGUCCCUGCUCUCCCAGUCCCAGCAGCAGGACCCAGCUCUGCUCAAGAGCAUUGCUUCAGAGACGGGUGAAGCCUGCGCCAAGUUCAGGAAGGUGACCGCCCUCCUUGCCAAUGGCGGUAGCAGCGGGCAUGCUAGGGGCAGGUUCUACAGGAGAGGCAGGCCUUCCGGAUUCUUGACCCUGAAGGGCAUCUUGGGGAGCAGCAGCGAUACCCCAUCGGAGUUGAUGCCCAGCGCUGCUGCUGCUGCUCCAUCUCCGUCUACUAGUUAUGCACAAUUGCGCGCUCGGAUUGGUGGCGUGCCAGACCCACGAGGGCUGGAUUUGGCCAGCUCGAGCAGCAAGAGCGGCGCUCAUCCGUAUGGAGCUCCGAAGAUGGUCCAGCCAUUGUCGGUGCAGUUCCAGAUUGGGAACGUAGCGCAUCGGUACCCAUUCCACCAGCAGCCUUCACGGCAGAAGCUGCAGGCCGAGAUGUUCAAGAGGAGCAAUAGUGGGAUCAGCCUGAAGUUUGAUAGCCCUAGCCCCAGUGGUGGUGCUGGAACGAUGUCGUCGGCGAGAUCGUUCAUGUCAUCCUUGAGUAUGGAUGGGAGUGUUGCUAGCUUGGAUGGGAAGCGGCCGUUCCAUUUGGUUGGUGCGCCGGUGGCAAGCGACCCAGCUGAUGCGCACCGAGCACCCAAGCGACGGUGCAUGGGUCGGGGGCAGGAUGGCACAGGCAAGUGUGCCACUACUGGCAGGUGCCAUUGCUCAAAGAGGAGGAAAUUGCGAAUUAAGAGGUCGAUAAAAGUGCCAGCCAUUAGCAAUAAAAUUGCUGAUAUCCCUCCGGAUGAAUAUUCUUGGCGGAAGUAUGGGCAGAAGCCAAUCAAGGGUUCUCCUCACCCUAGGGGUUACUACAAAUGCAGUAGUGUCAGGGGCUGCCCAGCAAGGAAGCAUGUUGAGCGCUGCGUAGAUGACCCAGCGAUGCUAAUUGUGACAUAUGAAGGCGAGCACAACCAUACCCGGCUGCCCGCACAGUCUGCCCAGACCUAGAGAAUCAGUAAGACGCAGCACUCCAUACAGGAAGCGUAGGCUGUAGGCCAUGCCCUUGCUGGAUGGCCAAGCUGGUCAUGUAGAAACUCAGUCCGGAGAUCUUUGAAUGCAACAGCAACCAACAUGGAGCCAUUUGAGAAUCUGAUGAGCUGCUUGGCCCCUCCUGAGCUUCAUGCUGUUACAGAUGCUAUAGUGGGGACAUUCAAGCUGUUCACCUAUCUUGUGAGCUGUGGCACAUAUAAUUGAAAGAUGAUGCAGGAAGGAAAGGAAAAUCUGGCAUUCGAUAGUGACUGGUGAGCUUCGCGAGUAAGUUUUAAGGGGGUUGAAAGCAAAGAUUGAGGAAAAGAAGUGAGCGACUGAGCAAAAAUUGAGGAAAAAGGGUUGCAAGGAUGGAUUAGGAUGGCGGGAUUGGCUUUUAGCGUGCACAAGUUCACUUGCGAUGACUUGCCUGUGUGUGUUGCUUUUGCUUUAUCGAAAGAUCACCACCUCUUUUGUUGACAAAAAUAACAUUCCAGUAUCAAAGGUGGUCCGUACUGACUGCUGACAAGUUAGGACCAUAUGGGUUUUCCAGGUGUAAGCAUUCCAGAAUGAAAGGUGCAAGUUGUUGGUGUGAUUUGCCAUCGUGGUACUAUUGCCCUUGUGUAAAGCAUUCUAUGUCCAUGAUUUCUGCAUCGAUUUGUUCCA